AUGGCCAUCGGCUGCCCUAUUUGCAACCGUCGAAGGCCCCCGUCGCGAGCCAGAAACGACUCCGACACCAAAAUCGGCCGCUCAAGCUCGAACGAUGCCGUGACCGAUUCUGCGACCAUCACGGCUGCAACAGCGCAGCCGUCUCCUGUCGGGAAUCACGACAGCCACCCAUCAAGCGGCCCUAGCACCAGCAUCGCAACCGGUCUCUAUCACAAACCGGUUACAACACUGUCCACCACGAUGGAAGCGGAACUUUCUCCAGCCACCCAAGAUGGCGAAGAAGGCUCCAAAGGCAACUGGUAUCAUCCUCGCGGCCAGACUCAGGUCGACCACCAGUCCGUUGGCGACGACGAAGCUGAGGAGGGCGGCUACCAUGGGAUGGAGAUGGAGACCUGUGGCACGUCAGAGGAAGAAGAGGACCGCUAUGAUUCCAUGGACGAGUGCCUUGACGAGCCCGACGAUGAGGAUCUAGAGGACGCCGACGAGGAUCUCCAAGAGGACGACGACGACGACGACUGGGAGGAUUGUGUCGACUGGGAGUCGCACAAUCUGUUCUGGUUCGGCGUCCGCGAGCUGACCUGGACCCCCCUCCCUCCCUUGAAGUCGAUCUUGAAGAAGCCGGCGGCCGAAGACACAUCGUCGACCACCCCUCACAAUCAAGCGGCAGAUGAGGCUUCGGGCAGGCGAAGAGUCACUUUCCGAAACAACAUGCCAUCCUACCGGUGGGAGAAGGGCGCCAACGCCCCGUACUGGAAGCGAGCAAGGUCCCGCUCGCCAAUCCUUCUGGGGUUCCACUAG